AUGCAAGAGGCAGAGACGGAAAGCUUGGCGGAGAGCAUCCGCCGCUUCUCGCUCUCGGAUGAGCCGCUGUCCACCUCGACGGCUCACUCGUUUGUCGAUGCCUUCGCACCCCUCUCCCACAGCGCACCCCUCGCGCAGCACUCGUCCGCUCAGCGCGGCGAUGCCGAUGUCGUCCUCACGCAACUCAAGCAGGCUCGCAGCACAGCACUCGUCACGCUCGCCUCGCGCUCCUCCUCGGCCACCGCGUCAAGCGUCUCCGACAAGAUUACGGACGAGAACCUCCCGCAGCUGCUCACUCCCGUCAUUCGUUCCAAACUUGCCGACACCACGCCACACAGCCUGCUCGCCGCGCUCAACUUUUUGGCGGCUCUCUUCAGCGUAAUCCCCACGGAGGCGCACGACAUUCUCAUCGCGGAAGGCAUCCUCGAUCUCGUGCUAGAAGCUCCAGAUGCCUGCAACGCUGUCCGUCGCCCCACAUCCGAUUCCGCAUCGUCGGAUGUCCCGUCACCGCCGCUGCAGCUGCGCGACGACCAGCUCGUCAGCUUGGCCCUUGCAGAGCUCGUCUCUUCCGCCGCCAAUUCCACAGUCACACGCAAGUUCCUGGCAGGUCAGCAGGCUCUCCUCGACUGGCUCGACAUUGCCUGUGUUCCUCGAAAUACCAGCUCGUCCGCGCCCGCUUUGGAUUCGCAACCAAAAUCCAACGCAGUCGCCAUCCUGUCCGGGCUCGCAGACAUCAAGAUCUAUCGCGCCACUGCCUCGGAAUCCGUUCAAGGUCUGUCUCAGUCGCUCUCUUCCCAGCAGACCUCGCAGCAGGACCACAUCCGCAAAAUUAAGCAGGAUAGGUCAGAACGUCAACGCAAGGACCAUUCUCUCUUCGAUGCUAUUCGUGUCGAACUGCUGAGUCGCAGUCCAGGCUCUGAGCCAUCCCAGAAGCUCGAAUCUCUCGAUCAGGUCGCUCGAGCUGAACUCGAUCGCAGCAUUCAGCUCGGCUGUCUCGAGGCUUUGGCCUAUCUCACAGUCCAGCCGGUCUUCAAAGAUCGAUUGGCAGCCGAACCGCGCCUCCUCACAAUCCUUUGCACCACUUUCCAUCCCACUGCACCCAAACAUACCGGCAUCACAAAGACAGUCGACGCGGACAGCCAAAGAUUCGACGGCGCAUUCCAGCUCGGUCUCGCCACCAUUCUCUCCAACCUCACCGCUUAUCCAAAGACCCUUACAGCUGAGGAGAAGCAAAUUCGUCGGCUUCGCAGGUUUGCCAAUGCCCAAGAGACAAAGCAGAACGACGCUACAUCCGCAGACAACGGCGACGGUGACGACGACGACGAGCUCGAGACGGUCGAACACGCGGACAAGAGAUGCGCCGCCGUCUUGGACGCCAGAGGUAUCGAAGCACUCUGCUCUCUCGCCCUGGCAGGUCGUCCAUCCCCCAACUCCACAAGUGCGGGGUUGAAGGUCAAUCCCAGCAAAAGCGUCCGAACUGCCUGCAGUGAUGCUCUUCUGGCCCUCCUCACAAAGCAAGACCGCACCGUACGCGGCAAGGCCGUACAGCAAGGCGCACUCAAGGCUGUUCUGGCGCUCUCAGCUCCCGUCCUUCACGACCUUCUUCCUGCACCCAGCACCGACGCCGAGGCUGAGCAGUCGAGCGCAAAUCGGACCGGCCUCUUUUCUCGAGGCGCAAAGUCGUCAACUCCAAGCGUCACCUCGCACGACCUCGCACCCUUGCAGGCGUUGGCGAAACUCCUCAUCUCCCUCAAUCCCUCCAUUCUCUUCCCCUCGGAGCAAGGCCUCCUCUCCGUCACUUCGCUUAUCUGCAGCCUUCUGCUCGCCCCAACUGCCUUCCAGCUCCAAAAGUUCGAAGCUCUCCUCGCCCUCACCAAUCUCGCCUCGCUCUCUCCUCAGAUCUGCCUCAAUGUUGCCGCCUUCUCUCUGGAGACUGCCACCAGAGAUAGAGUCACAAACGACUCGUCCAUCGCAUUCAGCACAUCAUCCGUGCUCGCACAUGCAUGCGAACAGCUGCUCAUGGAAGACCACGCCAUGCUCCGAAGGGCCUGGAUCGAAUUGCUCGUCAACUUGCUCCAGGUUCAGGAAGUUUUCGCGUACUUUGUCGCCACUUCUCCCGGCUCCCGCGAGCAACAGAGCCGACUCAUCCUGCGCCUCAGAACCCUCCUCGGUCUGUCCGAGGUAGACGACUGGGCGUACGUGAACCGCAUCAAUACAGACGAGUCUUCUGGCGCCUCGCCAUCUCCCUCCAAAGCCACAGGCGGGGAGCCCUCGCUCGCAACCAGGAUGGCAAGCUUGGCGAUCCUAGCCAUGGUGUCCGACUCCGAGCCGGUGGCGCAUUCCUUGCUGUCACUCGAAAGGCUCUUCCCCGUGCUGCUGACGAACCUCGUGCUCGAUCGAUCCGACCAAGACAUCCGCAAUCAAUGGGAGCGAGCCGAUCUGCAGGCCCCCGGCGCGGGUCAGCCGAGAAAUAAGGCAGAUGCACAAGCUCAGGCAGAGCUCAACGCCAUCAACCUCAGCCUACGUGCCAGCUACGUCAUCCUCAACGUGCUUCCGCAUCUUAAGCGCGAAGAAGGAGCUCCGUCCAAACCUAACGGAGGCUUGGAAAGAGACGUCUUCCGAGCAGCGCUGCGAGAUACCAUCAACCACCACGUCGCCCAGUGCAAGCAACCCGGCGCUCAAGAUCACGUUACACAGGCCCGCAAAGGUCUGCUCGAGGUGUUGGCCGAGUGUCUCAAGGCCGCUUGA